GCUACUCGGCAUGCAGAAUUGGUGGCAAUCGAUCGGGUCCUUGACUGGUGCAAGCAACACAAGAGAGAUUAUACAGAAGUGUUUGCACACUCAGUAUUGUAUGUAACUGUAGAGCCAUGUAUCAUGUGUGCAGCUGCCCUGCGCUUGAUGAAAAUUCCACGGGUCGUAUUUGGCUGUCGAAAUGAGCGAUUUGGAGGCUGUGGCUCAGUUUUGAGCAUCUCAUCUGAUGAUAUGGUAGACUCCGGAGAACCAUUUGAAUGCAUUUCUGGCUAUCGUGCCAAAGAAGCAGUGGAAAUGUUAAAAGCUUUCUACAGACAAGAAAAUCCCAAUGCACCAGCAUCAAAAGUACGGAAGAAGGACCGUCGUAAUUAG